GUUUGUCCCACUUCGCUUGCCUUCCCCAGAAAGGGGCGGGAACGUUGGAACGGUCACGGAAGCGCUGCAUGCUGGGAAAACACGUGUAGCAGAAGACCAGAGAGGCUCUGAAUCCUUCCUCCAGCGCUGAUACGGCGCCGCGUCCCGCUGUGUCUUUCAGGCGACACGUCAACAGUUUUUUCCCCCCGCCACCAUGUCGUCCAAAAAGCGUGCGGAGGGCGACGAGCGGUUCCAGCGGGUGCAGAAGGACCCCCGGUUCUGGGAGAUGCCCGAGAGGGACCGCAAGGUCACGAUCGACAAGCGCUUCCAGUCCAUGUUCCACGACAAGCGCUUCAAGGAGAAGUACACGGUGGACAAGAGGGGCCGGCCCGUCAACCAGACCUCCACCGAGGACCUGAAGCGCUUCUACCAGCUCUCGGACGACGAGGACGAGGAGGACGAGGAGACAAAGAAGGAAGCGGCAGAGGGCAAGAGAAAGAAGAAAGUGAAGGAGAAGCUGGGGAAGGCUGAUGAAGAGGAGAAGAAAGGGAAAGCGGCGCCGAGCAAAGGCGGGAAAGGAGAGCAGCCAGAACGUGUCGUCCGAGUUGUUGUAGAGGGAGACGCCGAGGACGACGCCGAGCAGCAAACUGCGGAGAGGGACGAUGUUGACCUGGGAGACAGGGUCGCGGUCAGCAGUGGGGAGGACGAAGACGACGAUGAUGAUGAUGAUGAUGAUGAUGAAGAAGAGGAGAGCGAUGUGGCGAGCGGAUCCGGCGCGGAGGAGUCCGGUCUAGAUUCGGAGGAGGAGGACAGCGACAGCGAGCCAGAUCUGGCCAGGGGGAAGGGAAACGUGGAGACGAGCUCGGACGAAGAUGACGAAGACGACGAUGUGGACGCCAUCCUGAGGAAGGAGGAAGAGGAGAUCGAGCACGACUGGGGCGGUGGGAAAAGCGCCGCGCCAAGCGCGAGGGUCUCAACCCGACUGGCCGUCUGCAACAUGGACUGGGACCGGAUGAAAGCCAAAGACCUGCUGGCUCUGUUCAACUCCUUCGUGCCUAAAGGAGGAGCUGUGCUGUCUGUCAAGAUCUACCCGUCAGAGUUUGGGAAGGAGAGGCUGAAGGCGGAGCAGACCAAGGGACCGCUGGAGCUGAGAGCUCUGCCCGACGACUCGGAGGACGACACCGAGGAGGAGAAAGGCUACAGAGAGAGGAUGCGUGACUACCAGUUCAAGCGGCUGAAGUACUUCUACGCCGUGGUGGAGUGCGACUCGGCCGACACCGCCGCCAAGAUCUACCAGGAGUGUGACGGCUUCGAGUACGAGAGCAGCUGCUCCGUCCUGGACCUCCGGUUUAUCCCGGACGACGUCGAGUUCGAAGAGGAGCCAAAAGACGCGGCCACGGACGUGAAUCUCUCCGACUACACGCCCAAACUGUUCACCUCGGCCGCCAACGCAACAUCAAAGGUGCAGCUGACGUGGGACGAGACGGACAACGAGCGCGUGACCGCCCUGAACAGGAACUUCAACAAGGACGAGCUGCUGGCCAUGGACUUCAAUGCCUACCUGGCCUCCUCCAGCGAAGAAGAAGAGGAGGAGGGUGAGGAAGGAAGGUUCGAGUUCGGAGAGCCACAGAGUGGAGAGGAAGACUCAACAGCAGAGGCUAAACGUCCGGCUGAGUCGGUCGUCGUGGAGGCGGAGAAGAGACCCCAGAAGGAGGAGGAGGAAGAGAAGAGAAGUAAAAAGAAGAAAAGCGAGGAGCAGAUCUCAAAGUACAGAGAGCUGCUGAAAGGGAUCCGGGACAAAGAGACGAAGCUGCACGAGGACAGAGACAUGGAGAUGGAGGUCACCUGGGUGCCAGGGCUGAAGGAGACGACGGAGCAGCUGGUGAAGAAGAAGCUGGAGGGCAAGGACAAGCUGACGCCCUGGGAGGACUUCUUGCAGAAGAAGAAGGACCGGAAGAAGCAGAAGAAAUCGCAAAGAAAAGAGGGAGAGGAUGAGGAAGAUCUCAGCGAAGACGAGCUUCCUCCGGACGUGGACCUCAGUGACCCCUUCUUCGCCGAGGAGCUCGCCGCCACAGACGUUCAGAAGAAAUCAAAGGGGGGGAAGAAGAAGAAGAAGAAGCAGGAGGAAGAGGAGCGGACAGCCGAGGAGGAAGAGGAGCUGGAGAAACAGAAGGUGAGAGUUGUGGAGACCUGUGGAUCAGAGCGUUAGCUACAUGCUACAUGC